AUGAUCGAUAACGAACAAACCGCCCAGGAGGAAAUAGGAGCCAUUGGAGGUGUUCCGCCCCGAGAAGAGAUCGAAACGUGGAAAAGAAGAAGAACUCAGCUGCGCAAACAGAUAACGGUCACUCGUCGCCACAUCGAUUCACUGAUACUUAGUCGAGGAUCACGGGGAGCCAUUAAGGGACUAAUGGAACAUCUGAGGAACCUGAAUCACGACAACCGUCGAGUACACACGGAUCUCAUGGGUACCGACCCAGAUACCAUCGAGAAUGACAAGCAGGAAGCUAUGCAUCUGCGUUACGUACAGCAAUCUGGCGAAACGUACGAAAUGGUGGAAGGCUAUUUAACCUCCAGGCUGGACGAUCCAGCUUCUGAAAUCCAAGAGGAUCCUAGGCAAUCGUUUCCCGCAGUCGGAAUCGGACGGCAAGAAAGAGAACCCUACAGGACUAUUGACAAUUUAGCCGUACCAAGAAGACCUGAAGAGAUCCAAAAUCUACAAGAAAGACCCCCCGGUUCCCAAGCCGAAGCGGGUGCAAUAAGCAGAGCCUUGAGUUCAUUAACAUUAGAUGACGACGAACGCUAUUCAUCAGUCAGCCAACGACCAAUUCCAACCAGUCGACCACAUGCUGCUGGCCAAGAUGAUGUCAUUCCGAAAAGGAUAGUCAAUGUGCCAUGGGUGAGCGAUAGGAGCAACGCCCCGGACGACUGGAUAGACCAAUACAGCAACGGCUGGUUGCCACCAGAGUCCAGCCAACAUCACUUUCGUUCGUCAGUCUCGGCGGAGUUGGAAGUCUAUCACGGAAGGGCACUAGAUUGGUUCGCAUGGAUUGACGUCUUCAAGGCCCUAGUACAUGACACUCCGAGGUCCCCAGGAGAAAAGAUUGCCUUAUUGAAAAGAUACCUUCGAGGCGACUGUCUAGACGUAAUAUACGGACUCGGAGGUGGAGAGGCAGCCUACAUAGAAGCGCUAGUAAGACUGAAGCAGACCUGUGGGAGACGCGACGUUAUGAGAGCAGCACAUAUACAAGCAAUCGACCGGUUAGAGCUGAAAUUGGACCCAAGAACGUUCAAAAGAUAUGCCGAGAAAAUUCGCACCCACCUCUUCGAUCUUACUCGAAUUGGAGAAGUUUCACCAGCUGAUGUCAUCGAAAGGGUUUGUCAGAGACUCUCUCUACACGAUCGCUUGGCUUGGAACGAAGGAAAAUGGGGAGACCUAGAGCAUAGAAGCCUCAACGAUUUUGGAAGAUGGCUUUGCAAUAGAGCCUCAGCGUAUCAAAACGCUCACAGCAUAGCGGCGGAACAGAGUGCCCCAGUAUCCAGAAACAAUUUUCCCGACAAUCGUCGUCCAGCACGCGUGCAUCAAGGAGCCACAACUUCUCCAGAUAUCAGAGGAACGGUACUCGACCGCCCAUUUUGCUUCAAAUGCGAGAAAACCCACAAACUGACCGACUGCACAGAAUUCCAAGGGCUCUCCAUCGGGGAGCGAGUCAUGUUCUGCGUUCGUCAUCACCUAUGCUUCUGCUGUUUCAGCCCCAAGCAUUCUGUCCAAAGCUGUCCGAAAAGAAGACCUUGCAAGCAUACCGGUUGCCGAUACAGCCCCCACGAAUUAUUGCACGACUCCGGAAAUCUAUCUAUAAAACGAGCCAAACCAUCGACAGCCCGCACCGGCAGGCAGAGGGUGGAUUUGGGAAUGAUGCGGUUGGAAGUGAGCUCAGUCGACGGGAAAUGGUCCCAACUGGUGAACGUGUUUAUCGAUGAAGGAAGUGACUCCACUCUCAUGACAGACUCAUGCGCCCGAUCUUUAAACAUACGAGGAAUCCCGCAAAUUCUUGAAGUGGAUGGAGUCGGUGGUGAAGUACGGCAACACUCCUCACAACGCGUACGAUUCUUGAUCCGUUCAGAGACCGGAGCACUAUUUCCAAUAUCCGCUUCUACCAUGAGAAGGGUGGCGAAUCCAGCUCCCGUGAUCAACUGGAACGCCAAGAAACAAAAUUGGAGCCACCUGAGAGAUAUACCGGUGGGCGAAGUAGGGGGCGACAUCGAUGUACUGGUAGGCAUGGACCAUGCCCAUCUGUUAAUGGUUCAGGAAGGCCGAGGCGGAAAGGCAGGUGAGCCCGUAGCCUCCCGUACUCAAUUGGGGUGGAUUAUCCGAGGCGUAACCGACACGCAAGACACCUGGGCCACCGUCCGAAGCAAUCGAGUCAUCAGCAGUACCUACACCAAAGAUCUGAACACUCAACUUCGCAGGUUCUGCGAUACGGAAGAGUUCGGAACGGAGUUUCAGGCUGGAUGUUUGUCACCUGAAGACAAAAGAGCUCUAGCAAUAGCAGUCUCAGGAACGAAAAGGCUAGACGUCGGUUAUCAAGUUCCGAUCACCUGGCGAGAGGGAGAACCAAAUCUGACGAAUAACUACGAAAUGGCCAUCAACCGAUGGAACAGUUUAUUACGGCGGUUCGAAAAACAACCAGCUUACGAAGAGGAUUAUCGGGUUGCCAUGUCCAAAACCUUUGAUCAAGGGUAUGCAUCAGUAGUCAAUAACGAAUCGACUGCAAGGUAUUUUCUGGCACAUCACGGCGUCUACAAAGGAUCAAAACUUCGAGUAGUUUUCGACGCUGCAGCCCCCUUCAAAGGCAAAUGUCUCAACGAUGCAAUAGUAGCUGGCCCGGCCCUUCAACCAUCUCUCGCAGCCGUAGUCACCCGUUUCAGAUUGUACGAGAUCGCCUGGGCGGCGGAUAUCGAGGCCAUGUUUAGCAGGUUUCGUCUGAGCGAUGAAGACGCUAGCUACUUCUGUUUUUUGUGGAAUCCAAAAGGGGAAACCGAGCCGAAAACCUGCCGGAUGGAUCGUCUACCGUUUGGGGCGAGCUGUUCCCCCUUCGUCGCCAUUCACACAAUCCGGAAGAUUAUGGAAGAUGCUGGUGCAAAUGAAAGGAUUACUACCGCCGUCCGAGAUAACAUAUAUGUGGACGAUUACCUUAACUCUGCCCCCGGUAUCACAGAAGCGACGCAAGAAGCUACAACGAUCCGUAAUUAUCUGCUCGCUGCGGAUCUCAAACUGCAUGGGUGGAUAUCAAAUUCACCGGAAUUCGUCCAAGGUGUAAUGGGAAAGGAACACGUGCUGUCUUCGUCACCAACCACCCAUUCUCUAGUGCAAAAUCCCGACGAAAAGGUUCUGGGUGUAUUUUGGAACACCCUUAAGGACUCCCUCGGAUUCAACGUAGCUAACCGUCCCGACACCUGCUUCACCCGCGUAAACCUCAUUAGUAAAGUGGCCAGUGUCUUUGACCCCCUCGGCACCGCCUCUCCAUUGAUAGUAAAGGCCAAGAUACGCCUGAGAGAACUCGGCGUCAAAGGGUUGAAAUGGACCGACGAAGUGGUUGGCGACGACCGGAAAUGGUGGGAACAGUGGUUCAACGCCCUAAAAUUAUUGGGUGAUGUGGAAAUCCCUCGCUGUCUCUUCCCUGCGGUAUCGACUAUUACCUCUUCAGAAAUCCACACCUUCUGCGAUGCUUCGGAAGAAGCCUACGCGGCAGUGGUCUACAUCAGAAAUAGCUACGACAAAAACUGCAAGCAGACGAUAAGGAUACACCAAAUCAAGGCAGCCAACAAGUUAGCUCCCAAAAAAUGUCUCUCGGUUCCGAAGCUGGAACUAAACGCGGCCUUGCUGGGCGCCCGGCUCGCCAAAACCGUCGGAACGUCUCUCCCUCCUGGAAUGAUAUCCAGCAGAAAAUUCUGGACUGACAGCAGCACUGUCCGAAAUUGGAUCCGAGCCACAGCAGCCCAUUAUCAAGUCUUCGUGAGCAAUCGCAUUGGAGAAAUACAAACCAUCACCGAACCCGACGAAUGGCGCUUCGUCCCGGGCGCUCUAAAUCCGGCGGAUGCCGCGACCCGCUCCACUCUAGAUGGAAACAUUUUCCCAAUUGCCUGGCUUAAAGGACCGGAAUUUCUCUCACAGUCUGGGCAGGAAUGGCCGAUGGAUCUUCCGUGGAUAGCGGUAAACGAGGAGAAACGUCCCGCACGUACACUCGUCAUCACACAGCCGGUUCAGAGAGACUGGACCCAAAUCCAAAUUACUCCAGAAGACAUUCCCUCACUGUGCCAACUAGACCCUGUCUUCUUUGAUGUAAUAAAACAGUGCCAGGUCGAGGCGUUCUCUGAAGAACUAAGACGCCUAAAGAAUAAUAAAACCCUGCACUCUAGCUCCUCGCUGUUGGCCCUGUCUCCGAUCCUCGACAAAGAUGGGCUACUUAGACUUGGCGGACGAAUUGGUCGCGCACGCCUGCCCUACGAUCAGCUGCAUCCAGUACUCUUGCCCGGAAAACACCCGCUCGCCGAGAAAAUCGUCCGCGCGCGUAAUCGAGCCCGACCGGGCGAACAAUUGAUGGCCGAGUUACCAGAGUCCCGCCUCGACUAUGGCACCAUUCCCUUCACUCGAACAGCCGUGGAUCUAUUCGGCCCAUUAGAGAUCAGCUCGUAUCGUAGCAGAAUCGCUAAAAGAUGGGGCGUGCUGUAUACAUGCUUAGUAACCAGGGCAAUAUUCUUGGAAUUAGUACCGUCGCUUUCAUCUGAAGACUUUCUCCUAUCCCUGCGCAGAUUUAUCGCCAUGUAUCGUAGCACAGCAGUCCUUCAUUCCGACAACGGGACGAACUUCGUCGGCGCGGAAGGCGAGUUACGAGAGGCAGCCAUCAAAUUACAUAGCUCCGAAGAGGUGCCCGCGUUUAUGCACAGUGCCCGUAUACGCUGGACCUUUCAACCGCCCGGUACCCCCCAUUUUGGAGGAGCUCACGAGACCUUAGUCAAAAUCACCAAGAGAGCUCUCUACGAUGCUUUAGAAAGAGAGAAAGGAGCCUUCCGUCAUCCAAGCGAGGAUGCUUCAGUCGCGGCGUAUGGAGUAUUGGCCACGUCGUCCAAACCUAUCCAGGAUCGGAUGGCUGCGUCAGAGCAGUGGACAUUAAACUACCCACUGGAGUAUUCCGAAGAGGAAUUACCGAGCUAUGUUUUCUUGAAGCUGGCUCGUCCGUUCCGGACUCGGGGGAGCAUGUUCCGGCGAAAACUACGCCUCUAG